AACUUUGGUGUGUUUACGCGAUAUGAAACGCGUGGUCAGUUUGUUUGGAUUUGCGUGUGCUGCUAAGUAGUGCUUGUGAACGGAGGCGUUGACUCUCCUUUAAUAUUUUUUGGUAUAAUGAAGAAUCAGAAACCGGAUCUCAAUUGGAAUGCCGUGAGUAUUGGAGAGGACUUACAGACAUUGGGAUUAGCCGGAUUUGAGGAGCUUACGGAGUAUGAUGGUAACAUAAUUCAAACAGCGUGGUAUGCAAACAAUGAGAGAAACCUAAAGAAAAAGAAGAAGAGGAGGAAGAAGAAGAAACCAGUUCAGACAGACAACAGUGACAAUAUUGCUAAAACAAGCAAGAGGAAAGACAGAGAUGGCGAUCUAAGUCAGCUAGCAUCUUCAAAAAAAAUUAAGUAUGAAGCAACACAACAAUCAUGUUCUGAUGCUGGCAGUAGUGAAAAGAUAGCGAUUAAAGAUGGAGGAAAUAUUUAUGAAGGUAUAAUGGAGGGAAUGGAAGCAUGGCAUGGAUUAAAUGUACCCACUCAAAUAAUACAAGCUUUAUCUGAACUGAAAUUUACAAAACCAACUACAAUACAGUCCAUGGCAUUACCACCAGCAAUCCUAGGGAAACGAGACAUACUGGGUGCUGCUGAAACAGGAAGCGGAAAAACUCUUGCAUUUGGAAUUCCGAUAAUAAGUGGCAUUUUGGAGUGUAAGAGAAGGGAUUCAGAGGCUCAAGAAAGUAAUGGUGACAUCAGUAAAUGUGACUCAAUAAGUCAAGAGAAAUCUGGAGGAAAACUUUAUGCUCUUGUACUGACACCAACCAGGGAAUUAGCCAUACAAGUACGAAAUCAUUUGGUUGCAGUUGCAAAAUAUACUGGCAUAAAGGUUUCAGUUGUGGUGGGAGGCCUCUCUGCAGAAAAGCAGGAGAGACUGCUUCGCAAGUGUCCAGACAUUGUUGUAGCAACUCCUGGAAGGCUUUGGGAGCUCAUUCAAGAAGGGAACCCUCACCUGUCUCAAGUUGAUGAUAUAAGGUAUCUUGCAAUUGAUGAAACGGAUCGAAUGCUUGAGAGGGGCCAUUAUGAAGAACUGCAGAAACUUUUGGAACGUAUCAAUCUUGAUGAGGGUAGGAAAAGUAGUCGGCAGAACUUUGUUUUUUCUGCAACACUUACACUUGUGCAUGAACCGCCAAGACAUUUAAAGGGUCAGGCAAGGAAACGUCUGACACCUGGCCAAAAAUUGCAGGGCAUCAUCUCAUUACUGGGAAUAACAAAUCCAAAGGUUGUAGAUAUCACCCAGGAAAAAGGUACAGCAGGAACAUUGCUUGAGUCACGCAUUUGCUGUACCUUGGAGGAGAAAGAUGAGUACCUGUAUUACUUAUUACAGCGACAUCCUGGUCGCACUCUGGUGUUUUGCAACAGUAUCAGCUGUGUGCGGCGCCUCACGCAGUUGCUGCAGCUGCUACAAUGUAACCCCCUUCCUCUCCAUGCCAAUAUGGUACAACGUCAGCGGCUCAAAAACCUGGAUCGCUUUCGCAAUGAUCCAAAUAGUGUCUUGUUGGCUACUGAUGUUGCAGCUCGCGGACUUGACAUUCCUGGUGUGGAACAUGUCAUACAUUAUCAAGUACCUCGCACAUCUGAGGGCUACAUACACCGUAGUGGCAGAACAGCUCGUGUGGAAAAAGAAGGCCUAACAAUUCUUCUAAUUGAUCCAAGUGAAGUCUCUUAUUAUGCACGACUAUGUAGAACACUUGGGCGAGACAAGGAUCUGCCUUUAUUUCCUGUAGAUGACUCAUUAUUCAAAGGAGUGAAGGAACGUGUUCAUCUUGCAAGAGAAUUGGAUAAGCUAGAAUUGACUUGCCGGCGUCACCAUGCAAAAAAUAACUGGUUUCAUAAGGCAAUAAAAGAUAUGGAUUUGGUUUUGGAUGAAAAUGAAAUGCCAUCUGGACUGAGCAGAGAGACAGCAGUAGAAAUAAAGAGAGUAGCAUCACUUAAAAGGAAACAGUUAAACACACUUCUGUCAAAACCAAUUUUCCCAAGAGGAUUCUCAGGCAAGUAUCCAACAAAGACUGGGCAGUUACAGGUACCAUUUGUUAAGGCAACAGUCCCAGAGGUUGCUGCAGUGAAAGUUUUCCAGGAAGUGCAGAAGAGCAAAAAACACAUAACUGUUAGAAAACCUGGAAUGUUUGUGCUGUUGAAGAACAAGGGAAGAAAUUAUUCAAAGAAAAAAUAAUUGUGAAGUAUAGUGCUGUAAAUACAUAUUGUUUAAAAAAUGUUGUAUAUAAAUUUGUAUUUUAAGAAAGAGAGAGAAAGUAAAUCACAACCAAGAAUAAUGGUGGUGUUUCUAGA